AUCAUAUUAAUUCGCCAAAAAGAAGACUUCUUUCUCUGAACUUAUAGCCAAUGAGUACAUAUGACACAGGACCAAUAAAACCCAAACUUUAUUAUUAUUAUUCUUUCUGAAUUUACACGGUCCUAUACGCAUUCGCGUUUAAGUAUUUCAAUAUAACAAAAAAUAGUGUAAAUAUUGAGUGAUGGCUGCUGGAACAAUAUUACAAAAAGCCAUAGAUUUGGUGACUAAAGCCACAGAGGAAGAUAGGAAUAAAAAUUAUGAAGAAGCUCUUAAAUAUUAUGAACAUGCGGUUGAAUAUUUUCUGCACUCAAUAAAAUAUGAAGCCCAAGGGGAAAGAGCGAAAGAAAGUAUCAGACAAAAGUGUCAACAAUAUCUCGAUCGUGCUGAAAAGCUUAAAGCUUAUUUGAAGAAAGGAAAAAAGAAACCUGUGGCUGCUGGUGAUGACAGUUCAAAAGAUGAUAAAAAAGGUGAUAGUGAAGAUAGUGAUACUGACAGUGAUCCAGAAAAAAAGAAAUUACAAUCUAGAUUGGAAGGAGCUAUCAUAGUUGAAAGGCCUAAUAUUAAAUGGAGCGAUGUAGCUGGAUUAGAUGUUGCCAAAGAAGCUCUUAAGGAAGCUGUUAUUUUACCUAUAAGAUUUCCCCACUUGUUUACUGGCAAAAGAAUACCGUGGAAAGGAAUCCUUUUAUUCGGCCCACCUGGAACUGGUAAAUCAUUUUUGGCAAAAGCUGUUGCAACUGAGGCUAAUAAUUCAAACUUUCUGUCAGUAUCUUCAUCAGAUUUAGUCAGCAAGUGGCUUGGAGAAUCAGAAAAGCUUGUUAAAAAUUUAUUUGAGUUAGCACGACAACGCAAACCAAGCAUCAUUUUUAUUGAUGAAGUCGAUUCUCUAUGUGCAUCACGUUCUGAUAACGAAUCAGAAUCUGCUCGACGAAUUAAAACCGAAUUUUUGGUUCAGAUGCAAGGCGUUGGUACGGAUAAUGAUGGAAUACUCGUAUUGGGAGCAACGAAUAUACCUUGGGUUCUUGAUGCGGCUAUCAGAAGACGUUUUGAAAAACGAAUAUAUAUUGGAUUACCUGAAGAGCAUGCUCGAGUUACGAUGUUUAAACUUCAUUUAGGUAAUACUCCUCACAAUCUCACUGAAGAAGAUUUCAAAAAAUUAGCUGCAGCAACCGAAGGAUACUCCGGUGCUGACAUUAGUAUAAUUGUCCGUGAUGCUUUAAUGCAACCGGUGAGGCUUGUACAAACUGCAACACACUUUAAACGAGUUAGUGGUCCAUCUCCACAAGAUCGAUCCAUUAUUGUUGAUGAUUUGCUUACGCCUUGCUCUCCCGGAGAUCCUGGAGCUAUUGAAAUGAGCUGGACUCAAGUUGAAAGCGAUAAGCUCUAUGAUCCUCCUGUUACAAUGAAACAUAUGCUAAAAUCCCUAGCAACAACCCGUCCAACAGUCAAUGAAGAAGAUUUGGCAAAAUUAGAAAAAUUUAAAGAAGAUUUUGGUCAAGAAGGUUGAAAAUUCUAAUAAGGUAUUAUUCCUUGCCUUAAAUAACCAUAAUGCUUGAUUUUUAAAUAAUUGAAUAACAUAAAAAUUAAAUAAUGUAUUGUCCUUACGAAUUACUGUUUAUUCAUAUUUUAAGUCAUAGUAACUGUUUUACUUGUUCCUAAAGUAUGCUAUUUUUUUAUAUGUUUCAAAUUUUUAAGCAUCGUAUAUAUUAUAUAAAAUCACACUGUGACUUAUUUUAUUAAUUGCUUUGUAAAUUCAUUAAUAAAAAAUAAAUUACAGAAUUGUAUAAUAUACCGAUUCACAUGUAAGUACAUAGAAUUUAGAUGU